GUUAAGCGUUUAGAGCCGUGUGUCCGAAGUUAGGGUACGUUGCAGCAAAAUGCUCAGCAAGCUUGUUGGUCAAAAGUAUGUGUCCAUCGCCAAGACGUGGAUCCCAACAAUGACUGUAUGGGGCGCAGCAGGAGGAGUGGCUCUGGUCCACUUCACAGACUGGCGAGUGAUCCUGGAUUAUGUUCCAUACAUCAAUGGAAAAUUCAAGAAAGAUGAGUAAAGGCUGCCAGGUCAGUUCUAUUUUUUUUACCUACAAAAAGAAAAUGAACAAGAUCUGGUGCAGCUGGUACUUCGUGCUCUGGUCUGCAUUCACUGGAGGCUGUUGUCAUCAAUCUGCAGCUCGGUCAAAAUUGAACUGUAACAUCCUCUGUGAAAUGCACCAGUGUUUGGCAUUGCCACAUUCCUCCCCCAGUUAAACUUUAAAUGGAAGGAGUAUGAACACAGGUGACACGUGGACUUCCUAUGUUAGAUUCACAAAUGACAAAACAUCCCCUUGUGUCUUAUUGUAAUUGUUUCAAAUAAAGUAUGUGAAAUAUA